UACAAGUUGCGCAUUGUUGAAGUAUCAAAAUGAAAGUGCCAUUUUCCAUGAUAUCACAUCCCUGACGUCAACAAUUUGGUGAAUGACGGACUGAAUUGCAUUAUAAUCUAAUGAUCAACAAUCAGCCAUAGCCUAGUCAACAGCGAAUAGACUACGUAGAUUUAGAGAGAGGAGAUAAACAAGAGAAGCAUUAGAUAGCUAAUUAUGGACGGAGAGAAGAAGAGGAAGAGAACAGAGAACGGCAAGGCUAACGGCGGCGAUCGGAACAGGCAUGAGAGAAAAAGUGCUGCGAAUGAGCAUACCGCGGUGUCGCCGCCGCCUUCGGAGGCGGAGGUCGACGAGUUCUUCGCGAUUUUGCGGAGGAUGCAUGUGGCAGUGAGAUAUCUGCAGGAAAGCGGCCAAAAGAGAGUCGUGCCAAAAGGCGACUUGGAUCUCAACACUCUACCAGGAAACGGAGACUAACGCCGUUUAAUCUUAAGUGAGAGAAGUGCGCACUCGGUGCAUUUUAGCCGGUGAAGAUCCUGGAGGUUAAGCUUUUGUUCUUCUUAUCGCUUAUAACAAGUUUAAAAUCUCUUUUUUUUUAGAGAAUUCUACCAAUUUGUUUGGUUUGAAGUAACAAAAAUCUCCAUAUGCUUCAAUAUUGCAUCAGUUUUUUUCUUUAAUUUCUUAUGUAAUAAAACAAAGACUUUUAUGGAAUCAGAUUAUCUAAUUUUAUGCCA